UAGUAAAUGAGCAUGGUUGCAUCUGUUGGAAACAUCGCUUGAUUUAUUACUGAAAAGUUUUAAUUCAAUUAUUAUUGUUUAAAAACAGUUCAUUUAUAUGAAGCAGCAUGGGAGAGGCAACUGCUGAUUUAGAUUUACAGUCUGAUGAGUUUAAAGAAUUUUCAAAUUCUGAAGAUGUGAAGCCACUUCUAUCUACAGUAUUUUCAUCUUCUUCUGACAUAAAAACAGAAUUAUCAUUUUUAACUUUCCGUGAUAUCAAACCAAACUUGACAUUUAUAACUUCACAGGAUGAUAAAACCGUUGUUACGCCAGAUUUUUCAUCUUCUACAGACACAAAGUCAGAAUGUACAACAUUUUCCUCUUUUGAUGAUGUAAAACACCAUAUGACAUUUCUAACUUCUCAAGAUAAAACAACAGGAUUUUUAAUUUUUAAAGAUAUGGAACCUGCUGUAUCAGCAGUAUGUACAAGAUCUGAAAUUAUAAAACCAGAAUUAGAAACUUUAUCAACUUGUGAAGAUAUAAAACCAGAAUUAGAAACUUUAUCAACCAACACAGAAUUAGAAAUUUUAUCAACUACUGAAGAUAUAAAUCCAGAAUUAGAAAAUAAAUCAACUAGUGAAGAUCUAAAACCAGAAUUAGCAAUUUUAUCAACUAGUGAAGAUAUAAAACCAGAAUUAGAAACUUUAUCAACCAACAAAGAUAUAAAACCAGAUUUAUGGACAAAAUUUUUAGAUUCUGAGGACAAACAACAAAAUGGACUUGAAGAAAAGCUAAAACUCUCUGAAAACAAAUCAUAUCUGUCUGUAGAUCGUCAUGAACAGUUUUUUCCAAGUUCUAACUUGAAUAACCAAGCUGAAGUAGGGGAGAGGCCACUUGAAUGUGAUGCUUGCAAUAAAAUGUUUUCAGAUAGUUCUAGAUUAAUUAAACAUAAAGAAGUUCAUUCAGGGGAUAAGCCAUAUGAAUGUGAUGAUUGUCAUAAAAAGUUUUCUAAUAGUUCUGCUCUAAGCAGCCACAAAAAAAUUCAUUUACUAGUUAGACAUUAUGAAUGUGAUGUUUGUCACAAAAGGUUUUCAAGGAAUUCUGGUUUAGCGAAACACAAAAAAGAAGUUCAUUCAGGAGAUAAGCCUCAUGAAUGUGAUGUUUGUCAUAAAAAGUUUUCUAAGAGUUAUAAUUUAUAUACACACAAAAAAGUUCAUUCAGGAGAUAAACCAUUUGAAUGUGAUGUUUGUCAAAAAAAGUUUUCAUAUAGUUCUAGUUUAUGUACACACAAAAAAGUUCAUUCAGAAGAUAAACCAUUUGAAUGUGAUGUUUGUCAUAAAAAGUUUUCAUUUAGUUCUCAUUUAUAUACACACAAAAGAGUUCAUUCAGGAGAUAAACCAUUUGAAUGUGAUGUUUGUCAAAAAAAGUUUUCUCAGAGUUCUAGUUUAUAUGCACACAAAAAAGUUCAUUCAGAAGAUAAACCAUUUGAAUGUGAUGUUUGUCAUAAAAAGUUUUCAUCUAGUUCUUAUUUAAGGAAACAUAGAAAAGUUCAUACUGGAGAUAAACCACAUGAAUGUGAUGUUUGUCAUAAAAAGUUUUUAGACAGUUCUCAUCUAAACAGACACACAAAAAUUCAUUUAGUAGUUAAGCCUCAUGAAUGUGAUGUUUGUCAUAAAAAGUUUUCAUCUAGUUCUUAUUUAAGGAAACAUAGAAAAGCUCAUACUGGAGAUAAACCACGAGAAUGUGGUGAUUGCCCGAAAUAUUUUUCUGAAAUAAAGACUCCCGACAUAUUGGCUGCCGAUAUAAGGGCUCAAGAUAAGGGCUCCUGACAUGUUGGCUCCUGGCAAUUGGGCUCCCAAAAUAUUGGCUUUGACUAAAUGACUCUCGACAUAUUGGCUCCAGACCAAUUAAUUGCAUGACCACUAUUGGCAUAAAAGUAACAAUUUUAUCUUACCUCUAAUACAACUAUAAACUCUUUUAAAUGCCCGAAUGAACCAACAAAGCGAGCCCUUAACAGCUAAAUUUCACCAAUUCUAAAGUUUUGAUAAUGUUAAAUUUACAACAGAAAAGAUCUGUUGCUUAAAAGCGAGCACAGAAGUGUAAAUGUAUGAUAUACAUGAUGUUUACAUGAUAACAGCAUUUUGUUUUGAUAACCUACAAGCAUACUGGAGGUAGGAGGAAGGUACAGCGUGGAUCCUUCUCACACACAGCCUAUAACCGACUCAAUUAUGGAUGUCAUAGAUAGAUGACCCUUAAAUUAAAACAUACUAUAUUUUAUAAUAGAUAAACGAAUAUAAAAAUAAGGCCUGCCGAACAAGAGAUGCAUACUUUGUAAUGUAUUACAUAAAAGUGUUGAAUAAGCUAACUCUAAAGAAUAUUGAUGAAGGGGUCCCACUGGCAGGUGUCAUAUUCAAUGAGACCGCUUUGCCGGGAGACUUAGUCUCUACAGAAAUGGUAUUGUCAGUGGUCCUUUUGUCUGGAGCCAAAUUGACAGGAGCCACAUGAAUGUGAUCCUUGUCACAAAAGGUUUUCAAGGAAUUAUGAUUUAACGAAACACAAUAAAGCAGUUCAUUCAGGAGAUAAACCAUUUGAAUGUCAUGUUUGUCAAAAAAAGUUUUCUCAGAGUUCUAAUUUAUAUGCACACAAACAAGUUCAUUCAGAAGAUAAACCAUUUGAACGUGAUGUUUGUCAUGAAACGUUUUCAUAUAGUUCUAGUUUAAGGAAGCAUAAAAAAGUUCAUUCUGGAGAUAAGCCACAUGAAUGUGAUGAUUGCCAUAAAUAUUUUUCUGAAAUUUUUGCUCUAAGCAGCCACUAGUAACACAUGAAUGUGAUCUUUGUCACAAAAUGUAUUCUGGCAAUUCUGAUUUAAGGAAACGCAAAAGAGUUUAUUCAGGAGAUAAACAAUUUGAAUGUGAUGUUUUACAGUUCUACUGUAAGCAAACAUAAAAUUGUUCAUUCUUGUGUUAAGCUAUAUAAAUGUGAUGUUUAUCAUAAAGAGUUUCCACACAGUUCUACUCUAAGCAAACACAAAAGAGUUCAAAAUAAUCAUUUAGUAGUUAAGCCUUAUGAAUGUGAUGUUUGUCGUAAAAAGAUUUCUCAGAGUUCUAAUUUAAAUAGAAACAGAUGAUUUCAUUUAGGAGAAAAUCCAUAUUAAUGUGAUGUUUGUCAUAAAAAUUUUACAGACAGUUCUACUCUAAGCAAACAAAAAAAUAAUCAUUUAGUAGUUAAGCCUUAUGAAUGUGAUGUUUGUCGUAAAAAGAUUUCUCAGAGUUUUAGUUUUAAUAGACACAAAAGAUUUCAUUCAGGAGAUAAACAAUUUGAAUGUGAUGUUUGUCAUAAAAGGUUUUUAGACAGUUCUACUCAAAGAAAACACCAAAAGAAUUCAUUUAGUAGUUAAUCCUUAUAAAUGUGAAGUUUGUCAUAAAAGGUUUUCAGACAGUUCUAAGUUUAAUAGACUCAAAAGAGUUCAUUCAGGAAAUAUGCCAUAUGAAUGUGAUGUUUGUCAUAAAUGGUUUUCUCAGAGUUCUUACUUAAAUAAACACAAAAGAGUUCAUUCAGGAGAUAAUCCAAAUGAAUGUGAUGUUUGACACAAAAAGUUUUCAGACAGUUCUUCUCUAAGCAAACCAAAAAAUAUUCUUUUAUUAGUUAAGUGUUAUGGAUGCGAUGUUUGUCAUAAAAGGAUUUUAAACAGUGCUAAUUUAAAUAAACAUAGAAAAGCUCAUUCAGGUGUUGAGCCAUGUGAAAGUGAUGUUAUAGUAGGCACAAAGAAAUUCAUAUAUGAGAUUUUAUAUGAUAUUUGUCAUGAAAACUUUAACCAGAAUGGUGGUUAAUAAUAUGUUACAUUACUUAGAUUGUUGAAGCAUCAAUAGAAUAGAAUUUCUUAUCUUUAAUUCAUUCACAAUCUGUAUAUGUUAAUAAUAGGAUAAUGUUUAACAUCUACUUCUAGGUCACUUAUAUAUAUAUUUAUGUAUAUUUGUAAAAAUUGCAAAAGGUUCAUUGCAUAAAUUUUAAUGUAAUUUACAGGUAACAGAAAACUGUUCUUAAUAAAUUAUAAUAGUAAAUUACCCAUUUUUCACCAUCUUUGCUGCUAAACAUUUAUAGUUGAUCUUUUUCUUUGGUCUCAUCAAGGUUAAGUGGGGUCAUUUACUAACACAACUAUCAGUUUCUAAUGCUUGAAACAAUAACACCACAUACAAGUUAAACAUUAAAAAGCAAGAACACUAAACCUGCAAAGGGUAUGUUUUGACAUUUUAAUAUCAUAUUUUUAGCAAAAUUGUGGUUUUGAUGUGUUUAAUUUUGUAUUCUUUAUUUUUAAAAACACUUUAAUGAAAAUGUUACUGUAGUAAACUGGUAUAAGAUUGUAACAUGAAAUUAAAAUUGCUAACUAAAUCUAUCAAAUUCUUUUUAUUGUUUUACUACCAAUGUCUGUAUUCUAACAUUAUUAAUUCCAAUAAGACCACUGUGUGUUGAAUGCUGGGGUUAAUUUGACCCUCUUCUGAUUAUUUAAAUUUAAUGCCUUAACAUGCCAGGUAGCUGAGGUCAGUGUCAAGUUUUCUCUCAGAGAAAGAGUAAACAGGUUCUUAGCCAAAUACCGCACAACUCCUCAUAUAACAACAGGUGUUGCACCAUGUGAAUUGCUAUGUGGUAGGAAAAUUAAAACUCAUCUUGACCUACUACAUCCAACUGUUCAAAGGUCUGUUUCCCAACAUCAACAUACACAAAAAGUAAAUCAUGACAAAACAUCCAUUGAAAGAGAAUUUGGAGUAAAUGAUGAUGUGUAUCUGAGAAAUUAUGGGAGAGGGGAAAAAUGGAUGCCAGGUCAAAUUGUUCAAUGUACAGGACCUGUGUCUUAUAAAGUAAAAACAAAUGAUGGACUUAUUGUCCGUAGACACGCAGACCAGUUAAAAAUAAC